AUGCAGACCUGUCAAGCCACCCUCGCGCUCCGCACAGCUCGCAGCUCAGUCAAACCCAAACCCACCCCCCUCCAACGACGGAGCUACACAGUCCAAGACAUUGCCAUCACCCGCACGGGCAAGCCCAUUAUAAAACACCGCGGUGGCAGGUCCUCCCUGGGCGGCCACACAGUCACCGUCUUCGGUGCAUAUGGCUUCCUUGGUCGAUACAUAGUGCAACGGCUUGCCCGUCGAGGAUGUCAGGUUGUCGUGCCCUACCGAGAUGACAUGGCGAAGAGACACCUCAAACUCACAGGUGAUCUGGGAAGAGUGUCGUUCACGGAAUUUGACUUGAGAAAUACUCAGAGCAUCGAGGAGAGCGUGCGGCAUUCGGACAUUGUCUACAACCUGAUCGGGAAGAACUAUCCGACCAAGAAUUUCAGUCUCUGGGACGUCAACGUGGAGGGCACGGAGAGAAUAGCUGAGGCGGUGGCCAAAUAUGAUGUCGAUCGGUUUAUCCAGAUGUCGAGCUACAACGCGGAUGAGAACUCGCCUUCGGAGUUCUUCCGGACAAAGGCAUAUGGAGAGAAAGUCGCAAGACAGCUCUUCCCCGAAACCACCAUCGUCAGACCGGCGCCUGUCUUCGGCUUCGAAGACACCCUGCUGCACCGUCUGGCGGGCGUGACGAACCUCCUCACCGUCAACAAUAUGCAAGAACGCUUCAAUCCAGUUCACGCGAUUGACAUUGGCGUGGCUCUCGAGCGCAUCGGCUACGACGACACCACCGCGGGCGAGACAUUCGAACUCUACGGCCCGACAAACUACUCGAUGCGUGAGAUUGCCGAACUCGUUGACAAAGAAAUCCUCAAGGAACGCCGGCACAUCAACGUCCCCAAAGCCCUGCUCAAGCCCAUCUUAUACUACCUGAACAAGGUCAUCUGGUGGCCGAUCAUCACGGCCGACCAGCUGGAGCAAGAAUCCCUUGACCAGACGAUCGAGAAGGGAGCCAAGACAUUCAAGGACCUGGACAUGGAGCCUGCAGAUCUGAGGGAUCUAACGUACCAUUAUCUGCAGGACUAUCGGAGCAGUAGCCACUAUGACUUGCCCCCAGCCACGGCACGGGAGAAGCGGCAGGCAAAGAAGUUUUUGCACGUGAUUGACGAUCAAUAG